AUAAGAUCAGCACACUACAGAAAAUUAAAGUUUACAUUUUAAUAUGACAAACAAUGCAAACCAAGGUAAUUAUUUUCAUAAACAGGUACUAUUAGAUCUUGACACAUUUUAGUAAUCCUUCUGCUUGACUGCAUUGAAAACAAAGACAGUUGCUUAUUAAUGUUAACCAACUAUUAAAGGAAAAUGUUAAAUUUACAGUAUUUGCUACCACACAUAUCUGCAAAUAUUUAAAUAAAUCAUCAGUUUACUUUAAAAGCCUCAGGGAAAGUGUUUAUGAAUUUAUAAAACAUUCAUGCCCCAUGCUUGUUCUGAGUGAUUUCUCAAUGAUUUAGUACAUCAAGAGAGCCAAAGGAAACCCUCAACAACAAGCCAAACCUGGACCCCACCCUUAUCUAUUGAGACCAGAAUCACAGAGCCUACGCCUUUUCACCCAAAUAUCAAAUUCUAACCAAUCAUACACGUCACUCAGUGGGUGUUCCUUUUAUCUGACAGCCAAACCUGUUGCUCCACCAAUGUAUAGAGGGAGGAGAUAAGGGAUGUUUUGAAAGGUUAUUACAAGCCUGCUUUUUGACUUGCACAGCAUUUUCAAAUGACUGGCUUAAAUGUGCCUUGUCUCUGAGGAUUUUAAGCCAUCCAACAAGACAAAAGAAAGCUGAGUGCAAAGGCAACAGGAUAACCCAAACGGAGCAAACAUUGGGAAAAACAUGCAAUUUGAAGACAGAAAAACAAAGAUGGGCAUACAUGCCAAAAAUGAGGCUAUUGAAAGCCAAAGACAAUUGACAUAUCAAGUAAUGGAGGAGAUAAAGCACAUUUUGGACGAGAAAGAAAGAGAGACAAAAACAGUUGACUAUCUACGAGCGAAGACAGAGCAGCAACAGAAGGAUAUUGACAGUCUGACAUCUGAAAAAGAUGAGCAAUACUUAUUAAUUAAAAGACUCAGGAUACAGAAUGUACAUAUAAUGGAGAAACUCAAGGUGUGUAGGAUUUAUGACACUGAAGAAAUACUGCAACUUUACAAAGUCCAGGCUGAAAUAUAUAAAAAAAGAGAAACUCCGGAGAGGAGACCUAAUGAGAUCAUAGAUGAGCCACAGAUGUCCAAAACAACCAAUUCUGAUAAAAUGGCAUCAAAAAAAAGUAUGGAACCCAAGGAAGCCAUAGAACAGGUAAAUCGCAAGCUGGAAGUAACAGAGAGACUGAGGACUGACAGUCUGCUUAGUCUAUUAGACAAAAAUAAGAAAAUAAUGCUCGGCAUGAAGCUGGCAAAAGAACAACUUGAGAUAAAUAUGGCAGACACAAGUCAAGAGUUAAUGAGAGGUCAAAGACUUAUCUUACAACAUAGAGAACAAGUCGAGGAUAUCAAACAUAACAUGAAUGUAAUCAUUAACAAGAUUAAGCAAAAACAGACAAAAAUCCAAGCGGAUGUUCAAACACGUGAAGCCAUAGUCCCACAGAUCCAAGGCAAACUAGAAAAGAAAGAAAGAAAAUACACCUUUGAAACUGUGAAGUUAAAACUCUGCAGAAUCCUGGAGGGAAGUGAUAAACUCUGUGAUAUGCUGAAGGAAUAUGACCUUGAGGAAGAUGAUUUGAGAAAGCUUGAGUUAAAGACGGAGACUAGUUUGGUAGAAAACAUGAAAUCUGAUCCCCAAACACAUAGACAAGAUAAAGAAGUAAGCAUGAAGACAACACAAGACAUAGAGAAAAACUUGGCACAGAUACAAUCUGAAAGAGAUGAGAUGAACCAAUUAAAAACAAAAGUACAAGCAGAGAGACCAAACAUUCAAAGAGACCGGCAGGUAGUUGAAGCAGAAAUGAGUGCAAUGAAAUGUACAAGGGACGAUAUUGAAAGGGAAAAACAAGAACUUGAAUAUAAGUUAGAAAUUACAAAAAGAGAGAUAAGAGAGAUGGAAGUGCUGAAAAAUGAGAUUGAAAUAAAGAAAAGGUACUUUGUAAAAGUGAUACAAAAGAGCAAGAGAACAACAGGAGACCUCAGCAAACUGGAGGAUGAGACAGAACAUGAUAAACAAGACAUGGAGAAAAGCCAAGAGGGGACAGAGGGUCAAAGGUCAAAGUGGGUGGAGUUGAACAUGGAGCACAGAUUUGAUGAACAUGGGGCACAUUUUCAAAUGGCUGAUAAAACCAAAGAAACUCUUCAAUUAAAAGAAAAUCUACUUGAGAAAGACAGCAAAGGGACACGUAUAAACGAUCAUAAAGUGAAUAUUGACACACAGGGAGUGUUUCCUGAGGCAGGAGAAAUGGGAGAAGACACAAAGCAAGGCAGAACAGACGUUUCAGAAAAGAGUCAACUGAAAUGGAUUUGUUUUCAAGCAAAGAAAAAACAACGGGAGGUUGAGCAAUGGCUGGAGAAGACAAUGAAAGAGAAGGAUGAAUUAGAAAUCAUGAAGAUCAAGAUACAACGACAAAAGGAGGAGAUUCAACUAAAGCUGGAAGAUACAAUAACUCAAAUUCUGACGGUGAAAGAGAUUAAAGCUUGCAUAGAAAAAACUGCAGCAGAGAUGAAAAACGCACAAAUGGAGUUGCUAAAAGACCAAAGCAAGAUGAAGGAAAACAAGAAAGAAGUUGAAAAAUUAAUGGUUAAGAUGACUUCAAUUAAAGCGCAGAUCAGCAAGUGGAAGUUGACGGUUUCUUCAAUCAGAAAGCCUUCUACAAUAAAUCCCUUCACACUUCAAGAACCUCAGACAGAAACACACGGAGACUCCCUCAGAGAUCUAACUUUCAAAAUUGUAGAAGAAAGAGCGGAAGAUGCUACUACAAACGAGGCCACAACAUUAGUGAUUAAUGUACAACAAAAAGCAGAAGUCGAUAAGGAGAUGACAAAACUUAAGGAAAAAGAGGAUAUAAUAAGGAAGCAAAUAAUAUAUGCUAUGGAGAAUAUUAAGGAAGAAAAUCAAGAGAUUAAAAGAAUCAUCAUGGAAAUUAAUGACCUGCAGAGCCAGAGACCAGAGACUCCAACCUUGAUUCAAACCAGAAAUAAAGUGGAAAGAGACACUGGACUGCUGAUAGAAACAGAAAACAAAGACAUAUUGAAGGUUAAAAACGCUCAAGAAGAAAGUGAUGAGAUUGCCUUGAAAACACAAGAUGCUGAGAAGCAAAAACAAAGUCAACAGUCAAGUGAAGAUCUACAGACGAACACUGAAGAAAAGGUUGUACGUUCUUGUAAACAGAAAACAGGAAAUGAUGACAUACAAAGACUUAGAAUGGAGAUUGAUCAAACACAAGGAUUACUAAUGACACUGUUAAAUCUCAAACUUGAAAAAAAAGCAAAUGAAAGGAAAACUGACAAAGAGCAAGUAGAUGGAGAAUCUGGUGUUGAAGCAUUGCUCCAAGAUAUUAAACAAUUACAAGAUCUUUUGAAAGAGGUUAAUAAAAUAUUGAUGAAGAAUAAAAUACCUUUGAAGGAAGAAAGUGGCAAUAUUAAAAUGAUGAAAAUUGGAGCAAGAAAACAAAAAAAAGAACUGGACCAGAAGCUUGAGAAAACAUUGAGAGAAAGAGACGAGUUGGAAAUCUUUAAGAUAAAAAUUAAGAGACAAGCUGAUGCCGUUGAGAAGACGUUGAAGAAAAUAGCACAACUUAACAUCACCAUCGACAAAGUGGCUGCUAGUACUCAAAAGAAAAGUGAUGACUUAAAAAUGAAUAUGAUAGAGACUGAUGUGAAACUCAAAUAUUUAGUAGAAGUGAAGAAUAAGAUUGAGUCUACUAAACAAACACUGGAAAAUGGCCAUCUUUUAUUAUCCAAGGAAAGAGCUGACCUUAAAAAAUUCAAGACUGAAAUCAGGCAGCAAAGUUGUAGAAAUACUGCCUUGGAAACUGUUGAUACUAAGGGAGACAAAAAGAUAUGUGUCAGACCAGAAACAAAUCCAAACAAAGAAAGAGUAAUAAAACCAAUCGUAAGCAAAAACAAAGCAGAAUUGUUAGAUGAAAUCAUGAUUCUCACGUCAAAAAACAAAACACUUCAGGAGGACAAUGACUUAAAAACAAUCAGUUUGAAGCAUAAAAACUGCGAAAUUGAAGAGCUUAAAAUGGAAAGAAGUGAGCAUUUGAAACAAAAGGAAGACUUAAAAAAGAUUAAGAUGUUGAAACAACAGACUGAAAAAGAAAGGGAAAAUAUAAGAAUAGUAAGAGAACACGCCAUGGCAGAGGUAAGUGAGAUCAAAAGACAGAAAGAAAAGCUCGAUGACAGAGUGCAAAUAACUAAAAGAGAAAUAAGAGAAAUGGAGCUUCUAAAGUCAGAACUAGAAAUCAAGAAAAAAGAAAGUGAAAAGGUGUUUAGGAAAAGCAUGAGAAAAUGUAGGCAGAGUGAGAUGAUGUGGGAUGAAAUUCAAAGAAAAAAGCAAUUACUGAGGAAAGAGACCAAAAACAGAAGAAUGAAAUUAGACCAAAGAUUAAAGAAAUGCAGGAGAAAAGGGGAGGAGUUUGAUAGCUUCAGAAAAAAACAACAGAAGAAAGAGUUACCUGUUGAGAACUGGAGUAUUGACGAUAACGCUUCUAUAAUCGAAGUAUACAAAGGACCUGAAGAGAAAAGUCGGACAAACCUAAUGGCGACAAGAAUCGAGGACAAAGCUGAAACGGUAUAUCAAAGCUCAAAAAUCGCUAAUUCCUUUAUUGACCUUGAAAACAUAAGACAAAAUAUGAAUGGACAUUUGGAAAAUAUUUGGAAGGAAAUAGAGAUAAUGGAAAAAGUAACUGCUGAUUUUGGAAUACAAAGAGAAGUGCUCAAGGCAUUUGAAGCUAACAACAGGACUUUAAAACACAACAUGGAAAUAAUAAAGUCUAAAGUAGGGGCCGAUUUUGGAGAAAUAAGUGAAGAAGCAAUGGAAGAGAGGGUUGAAUUGAACCAUGUGUUGGGAAAUAUUGAAAGACAAUCACAGGAUCUUGCACUUGCUCAAGAAAAAUUAAAAAAUGAAAGAAAGGAGAUGGAAGCACUGUUGUUUGAAUAUGAAAAAAAACACAGGGAAAAUCAAAAGAUAAUCCGAAAAAACUAUUGUGUAGAGCAAAAAGUAAAACAGAUGUGGAUUGAGGUAAAAAAUGAAACAAAAGCUCUAAAAAGAACAAGUCUGAAGAGAAAGAAAGAGAUGGACCAGUGCAUGGAAAGGAUCAACAAAGAGAGGGACGAACUUGAGAUCCUGAAACAUAAAAUGGAAAGAGAAGGGCAAAAAAACAAAGAAAUUGAUAGUUGCACUGAGCUGGUGGAGGGAGAAAUGAAAAGUCUGAAUACUCAAGAGCGAGAAAAGUGUAAGGAAGUUGAGCUUGAAGGGCUACAAGAGAAACUGGAAAUGCACAAGAACAGUGUACUGUCAGAAAGAGAAGAACUGGAAAGUUUGAAGGACGGUCUCAACAAGAAGAAAGAAGAGUUUGAAACUGAUAUGACCACCAUCAGGGAAGAGAGAGAACAACUCAGUCGGAUGAAGACUAAUCUGGAGAGGCUACGAGAAAUGCUUUCCAAUGAAAAACAGGAACUAGAUGGACAAAGGGCUGUGCUGAAACAGAAAGAUGAUGAACUGAUGAAUCAAAUGAAACCAAUAGAAAUGCUGAGAGUCAAACUUCAACAGCUGAAUGAAAAGAUGUGUGUAGACCUGAAUAACCAAAUGGCCAACCUGAAUAACCAAAUGGCCAGUUUGCAGCACAAAAAUGAAGAUCUUCAAAAGCUUUACACUGAACUGGAAGGGAAGCUUGAAGGACUCACCAAACAGAAAGAAAACAUGACUGGUUACACUGAGCUGUUGGAGAGAGAAAAGCAAGCCUUGUUAACGCUUGUGUCAGACAUGAAUCUCCAGGAACAAGUCAAAGAAAACCAAUGGCAUCAGAGGUUUGAGCAGGUAAAGUCAGAAAGAGAACAAAUGGAAAACAUCAUGAACUCGAUCACCUUGAAACAAAAAGAACAAGAGCGUAAGGAAGUUGAGCUUGAAGGGCUACAAGAGAAACUGGAAAUGCACAAGAACAGUGUACUGUCAGAAAGAGAAGAACUGGAAAGUUUGAAGGACGGUCUCAACAAGAAGAAAGAAGAGUUUGAAACUGAUAUGACCACCAUCAGGGAAGAGAGAGAACAACUCAGUCGGAUGAAGACUAAUCUGGAGAGGCUACGAGAAAUGCUUUCCAAUGAAAAACAGGAACUAGAUGGACAAAGGGCUGUGCUGAAACAGAAAGAUGAUGAACUGAUGAAUCAAAUGAAACCAAUAGAAAUGCUGAGAGUCAAACUUCAACAGCUGAAUGAAAAGAUGUGUGUAGACCUGAAUAACCAAAUGGCCAGGAAGAGAGAGAACAACUCAGUCGGAUGA